CCCACCAAGGAGAGGCUGCCUGGAUCUGAGCCCCCAGACUGCAGGCCCCUAUUCCACGCUUCCAUCGGCUGCUCUCGUCUUUAGGGCCUAAUCCUCCCCUCGACCUCCCGUCCUGGGUUCUGGUCCACCCUGUCUUUGCUCUCAACUGCCAUUCUCUUGCAGCCCCCUGACUUAGCUCACACCCCUUCCCAUUCUUUGCAGUUUUCAGGGCUCCAGGCCCCCAUCUCUGGGCCAGGGGUGUAUGGAGAUGGCAUUUUCAGGCUCACCAUAGCCCACCAUCCUGCCCGCCCCUCUUCCUGUGGCUCUGCAGCCCCUCAGCUGUGACCGAGCUCUUUGACUCGGGGCUGGGGGAUUCUGCAACUCAGGAUAGCAUGGCCCGAGAGCCUCGCUGGCCAGGAGAGGGAGAUGCCCACCUCCUCACCUCCUAUCCUAGGCCCGCCAUCUUGAGACCUGUGGCACCCAGUGCCCCACCCAGUCCCCCAGGACCCUGGGAAGCAUGCCUCAAGGGAUGUAUCCAGGGCCAGCGGUGCACCCCCUCUUCCCAGAAUUUGUCUUUGGACUCCUAGGACGGCCAACUUCGUGCUGGAUGAACAGGACGUAGAGGGCCGGCUCCCAGAGUGGACGCACCCCCAGACCUCUGCGGCCCCAGCCCCGCCUAACAGGAUGAGCAGCUCGGAUGCGGGGCUGGAGGAGGAGCCGGAGCUCAGCCUCACCCUCACUCUGCGGAUGCUGAUGCAUGGGAAGGAAGUGGGCAGCAUCAUCGGGAAGAAGGGAGAGACUGUCAAGCGAAUCCGGGAACAGAGCAGCGCCCGGAUCACCAUCUCCGAGGGUUCCUGCCCGGAACGCAUCACCACCAUCACGGGCUCCACGGCGGCCGUCUUCCAUGCAGUGUCCAUGAUCGCCUUCAAGCUGGACGAGGACCUUUGCGGGGCUCCCGCGAACGGAGGGAACGUCUCCAGGCCUCCGGUGACCCUGCGCCUCGUCAUCCCUGCCAGCCAGUGCGGCUCGCUGAUUGGGAAGGCGGGCACCAAGAUCAAAGAGAUCCGGGAGACCACGGGAGCCCAGGUGCAGGUGGCUGGAGACCUACUCCCCAACUCCACCGAGCGUGCCGUCACCGUGUCUGGGGUGCCUGACGCCAUCAUCCUGUGUGUGCGCCAGAUCUGUGCCGUCAUUCUCGAGUCCCCACCCAAAGGAGCCACGAUCCCGUAUCAUCCAAGCCUUUCCCUGGGCCCCGUGCUUCUCUCUGCUAACCAGGGCUUUUCUGUCCAAGGCCAGUAUGGGGCUGUGACCCCAGCGGAGGUCACCAAGCUUCAGCAGCUCUCAGGGCACACAGUGCCCUUCGCCUCACCCACUGUGGUUCCAGGACUGGACCCCAGCUCCCAGACCAGCUCGCAGGAAUUCUUGGUUCCCAAUGAUCUGAUUGGCUGCGUGAUCGGACGGCAGGGGAGUAAGAUCAGCGAGAUCCGCCAGAUGUCGGGGGCCCAUAUCAAGAUUGGGAACCAAGCAGAGGGUGCCGGGGAGCGGCACGUGACCAUCACGGGCUCCCCAGUCUCCAUUGCCCUGGCCCAGUACCUCAUCACUGCCUGUCUAGAGACGGCCAAGUCUACCUCUGGGGGGACACCCGGCUCGGCCCCUGCAGACCUGCCUGCCCCCUUCUCACCACCCCUGACGGCCCUGCCCACGGCUCCCCCAGGUCUGCUGGGCACACCCUAUGCCAUCUCCCUCUCCAACUUCAUUGGCCUCAAGCCGGUGCCCUUCUUGGCUCUGCCACCUGCCUCCCCAGGGCCACCUCCGGGGCUGGCGGCCUACACUGCCAAGAUGGCAGCGGCCAAUGGGAGCAAGAAAUCUGAGCGGCAGAAGUUCUCCCCCUACUGAGGCUGGCUGGGGCACAGGCGGGGGGCAGGCAGGACCUCCGCACCCUACCUGUCCAAGGAGACUCCACCUGAGGUCCCUGCUGCCACCGGGCCGCCACUGCAGCUAAAGGCCAGACGCAUGGAUGCACCUCCACCCUGCCCCCGCCUGCAGGGGUGCUUUGUCUUUGAGGGGGGGGCAGUGUCUGGCCCAUGGUUCUGGGAGCUUCUGCAGCCUGCCCCGGCCCCCACCGGGCGAGAGGCCCCACCCCUUCAGCUCUGGAUGUAGGGAGCAGCUAGGGGCUUCCAGUCGUGCUCCCACCUUUGGGGGGGGCUCACUCCUGCAUCCCCACCCCCUAGGGCUUUCCCAGCCUCUGCCCCGCUGUGGGAAUCAAGCUGGAGAUCUGGGAGUGGGGAUCUAUGCUUCUCCCGUCCCCGCAGAGCCCUGCAGCUUCCAGACGCCCUUGACUGGAAUGGACGCUGGGCUCCGCAGGGGGAGCCCACGGGCAGGCACUGCCGGUAGCUGGGGUGUGUGGCGGGGAGUGGUGUGGGGCGGGGCCAGGUUCUCAGCAGCCGACACUCUGUACAGUUUUUUUCAAUCCCUGUUUUUGAAUAAAUAUUCUCAGCGAC